AUGGGUCAGACCCUAUCAGAGCCUGUGGUUGAGAAGGCCUCCUCCGAGGGUCAAGAUGAGUGCUGUAUCUAUGGUGUGUCCGCCAUGCAGGGCUGGCGAAUCAGCAUGGAGGACGCCCAUGCUACUAUCCUAGACCUCCAGGCGCAAUCCGCCGGAAACUCCGACAAAACUACAGAUCCUGAUAAACGCUUGGCGUUUUUUGGUGUAUACGACGGGCAUGGAGGAGAUAAAGUGGCGUUGUUCGCCGGAGACAAUGUGCACAGGAUCGUCGCAAAGCAGGACGCCUUCGCGAAAGGUGAUAUCGAACAAGCCUUGAAGGAUGGCUUCCUGGCCACCGACCGGGCUAUUCUGGAAGAUCCGAAAUACGAGGAGGAGGUCUCCGGUUGCACAGCUGCCGUCAGUAUCAUCUCGAGGCAUAAGAUCUGGGUCGCAAACGCGGGUGAUUCGCGCUCGGUAUUGGGUAUCAAGGGCCGCGCAAAGCCUCUCUCUUUCGAUCACAAGCCACAGAAUGAAGGCGAGAAAGCCCGUAUCAGCGCCGCUGGUGGUUUCGUUGACUUUGGCCGAGUCAACGGUAAUUUGGCUCUUUCUCGAGCCAUUGGUGAUUUCGAAUUUAAGAAGAGCCCCGAGCUCUCGCCGGAACAGCAAAUCGUUACAGCUUAUCCUGAUGUCACGAUCCACGAAGUGACUGACGAUGAUGAGUUCCUUGUCAUUGCCUGUGACGGUAUUUGGGAUUGCCAAUCCUCCCAGUCCGUGGUCGAGUUUGUCCGGAGAGGAAUCGCUGCGAAGCAGGAGCUGUAUCGGAUCUGUGAGAACAUGAUGGACAACUGCCUCGCUUCGAACAGCGAGACCGGGGGCGUUGGCUGCGAUAACAUGACUAUGAUCAUCAUCGGUCUUCUGAACGGCAAGUCUAAGGAGGAAUGGUACAACAAGAUUGCGGAGCGGGUAGCAAACGGCGAUGGCCCUUGCGCUCCGCCUGAGUAUGGCAAGUCUGAAUUCCGCGGCCCGGGUAUUCGCAACCAAUUCGAAGAAAACCCCGAUAACUAUGAUCUUGAACCCGACCGCUCCCGCGGCUUCAGUGUCCGUUCCGGCCGUAUCAUUCUCCUAGGUGACGGCACCGAACUAAUUCCCGAACAGAACGACGAGGAGCUUUUCGACCAGACGGAAGAAAACCGGGGUGUGACGAACCAUCUGCAGCACGAAACGCCCGAGUCGGGCCGAAGCGAUCGUGAAGGAACCCCCGCCCCCCAGACGUCGAAUUCAACCGCCGCGAAGACAGACGAGACUUCCACUACGAACAACGAGUCGACCGCAGAGAAACCCGCGUCCUCGUAG